AUUGUAAUUUUUCGAAUAAACCCAGAAGGGAAGGAAAUUAGAGGCCCACGAAUGCAGAAAUGACCCAGAUCAUCAACACAAAUUGUCUCCUGACGCUCUUUGUCGUCUUUUUGGCUUCGGAUACAUUUGCAAACGAUGGAGACUACAUGAAGCGGGACCAUAGUCUGGUGCGCCCAUUUCAAGGUGUUGGCGUCAUCCUGCCCCACUGGGACUUCAUGGGCAACACAAUGGUGACCAGCAACUACAUAAGACUGACGCCGGACUUGCAGUCAAAGAGCGGCGCACUUUGGAACUACAAUCCCGUCAUGUCUCGCAACUGGGAAAUACAUGUGGGCUUCAAGGUGCACGGCAAAGGCACUGAACUCUUUGGCGAUGGCUUUGCUGUUUGGUAUACAAAGGAUCGAAUGCAAACGGGGCCCGUCUUUGGCAGCAAGGACUACUUCAACGGGUUGGCCAUCAUAUUGGACACCUACAGCAAUCACAACGGUCCCCACAAUCACCAACAUCCGUACUUGAGUGCAAUGGUGAAUAAUGGCAGCUGGAGCUACGACCACGAUCGCGAUGGCACUCACACGCAGCUGUCAGGCUGUGAGGUGCGUUUCCGCAAUGUGGAUUUCGAGACACUCAUCAGCAUACGCUACGAGAACGACAUCCUAUCCGUUUCGACGGACUUGGAGAAUCGUAACGAGUGGAAAAGCUGUUUUGUGGUGGCGAACGUGGAGCUGCCCACAGGCUACUACUUGGGCUUGUCGGCCACCACAGGCGACUUGUCCGACAACCACGACAUUCACAGCUUUAAGUUUUAUGACAUCGAUGACAACGUUUCGCAUGACGAAAUUAUGCGACGCACCAAUAUCAUACCAAAUGCAAAAAGCUUCGAGCCACCACGUGAGCACAAAGAUGAUCCCAAGCCGGGCAUGUCGAAUGCCAAAAUAUUCUUCAUACUGCUGUUGGUUGUGGUCGUGGCAGCUCUGGUGGCCAUCUUUGCCAUCUCCUACUUCAAGGAUCGCAAUGCGCGUAAGCGUUUUUAUUGAGGACUGAGAUGCCUCCUCAAAGCUAGUCGUAUCUAUCAUCAAGGCAUCAUGUUACGAGAAUUGUGUCUCACAUCCACGCGAGACUCCAGACU